AAGCAGAGGCAAGUGUUGUGCUUUUCUUGUUUCCUGGCUCAUCUCUAUCCAUCGCAGCUUUGAUUCUAAGUGGGAGUCGCAGGCGAUCGAAAUGGCUGGCGCCACUUUCAUCGAUGUUUUGCUGGCCAUCAUCCUCCCUCCGCUGGGGGUUUUCCUAAGAUUCGGCUGCGCGAUUGAGUUCUGGAUAUGUCUGCUGCUCACAAUUCUCGGCUACAUCCCGGGGAUCAUCUACGCAAUCUACGUGCUGGUUGGAUAAGUGACUUCGUUGUGGUGCUCCCUCGUCGCUGUAGAUACUUAGCCUGGAUUGGAAGCGAACGAAACGGAAAAAAUAGGGGGGAGAAAAAAAAACAGUUACGAAGGUAGCAACGCCUAAUAAGCUCUUGUUAAAUUGGAUGCUACCAUAAUGGUGGAAUUUUUUCUCGCGUAGAGUAAAAAAUGUUGUGGUGAUUUUACUUCGAGGAAUCUAUCCAUUUGGUA